AUUGCUACUGUUACACUGUCCUCACUGUGGCUAGUGUCUCUCAACAUUGUUUAACUCAAUUUGAGAGAAAGAGAAAGGAGGGAGAGAGAGAGAGAGAACCGGGCAAAGCAAAAAGGAACCGGCAGCCCUUUACAGUUCCUGUUUUCUCAGCUCUGUGUUAGAUAUCAAAACCUGUUAGAAGAAGAUAGUGUUUAGAGAGGAGAGGAGAGGAGAGGAGAGGAAAUCACGUUUAUAGAAGAGAAAUAUAAAAGGGCAAAGCACACAGAUAUGCAGCAGCAACAACAGCAGCAGCAGCAGCAGCAGCAGCACCUGAUGCAGAUGCAGCCCAUGAUGGCAGCAUCAGCAGCCUACUAUCCCAACAACGUGACCACUGAUCACAUUCAACAGUAUUUGGACGAGAACAAGUCGCUGAUCCUCAAAAUCGUGGAGAGCCAGAAUUCUGGAAAACUGAAUGAAUGCGCAGAAAACCAAGCGAGGCUCCAGCGAAAUCUUAUGUAUCUAGCUGCAAUUGCGGAUUCCCAGCCUCAGCCUCCACCAAGCAUGCAUUCUCAAUUUCCUCCAGGUGGGAUUUUACAGGGAGGAGGAUCUGGUCACUAUAUGCAGCAGCAGCAGCAGCAACAGAUGACUCCUCAAUCACUUAUGGCUGCUCGAUCUUCAAUGGUCUACAGCCAGCAGCAGCAAGCCAUGCAUGCCCAGCUGGGUAUGAGCUCGGUUGGGGCGAGUGGGCUCCACAUGAUGCAAACCGAGGCUAAUAGCUCCGGUUAUGCUGAUUAUGGUCGUGCUGGGGAAAAUAUGCAGGGAUUGGGAUUGGGAAGGGGAAUUGGAAUCGGAAUGGGUAACAAAAUGGAGAUUGGGUCUGGUGAAGGAAGAGGAGGAGAAAACCUUUAUUUGAAAUCUGGGGAAGAUGGAUCAAACUGAAGUUAUCAUCAUCAUCCAUCAAACUUGCUAUGUGGUUUGGUUGUUUUAACAUUCUGAAGAAAACCAAAACAUAGGUCACUUUAAUUUAGCUUUCUGUUGUUAGAUCAUGUGUUGUUAGCAAAACAAAUCAGAUGGAAGAUUCUGAAUGUCUUAAAAAUAUUCCCCACUAGUAGUAGUAGCCUAGUAGGUGUAUCUUGUAUCACGAGUUUUGAUCUUAACUAUCUUCGUGGUGCCGGCAAUGGCGAAAAAAAUAUUUUCUUUUGCAU